AUGUCGGCCGAAACUUGCAGGACGACAUUUGUGAAAAGUGAGAAGAGGAGACUUAGACCAGCCUGGUGUGAUGCCAACGUCCACUUCUGCGCCAUGCUCAAAUGCUUAACAUGGAAGCUCAGCAUCUUCUUGAUCCAUCUUCUGUCUUACGGUCUUCCUGCUGCAGCUGAACCUUUGCAACUGCGGGAUGUUCAAAAGUUUCUGGAUCCGGUAUUCGUGCCGGACUUCUUCUUCGAUGCCACGACAGCUGCUGAGGUGUUGGGUGCUCUGGUGAACAAUCCGCCACUUGGGCAAGGCUACGUGGCGUCAGUGCUAGACGCGCAUCUGCCGCUGUCUCCACGGAUGGCACCAAUGCUUGUCUGGGAAACUGGGCUGUUGCUGAAGCACCUGACGUCCAGCGAGGUGUCACAGGUGAUUGUGGAUGUUGGCGCACAUGAGUGGAGCCGGUUCCUCCCGAUUCUUCGGGAGGAUGCCCAGGCCUGGCUUGUACUUCUGGAACCCAGCCGCAAAGCGUUCUUGACGCUCUACCGCCGCUUGAAGAUGGACUAUACGGAUGUGAUCGACCGGGUUGUUGCCUUGCCAAUGGCUCUGACAUGGGAACCAGGCCAUCUCUGGGGCUUUCGUGUGCUGCACACAAACGACUACCUGGAUGGAGAAUGCAACAGCCUUCUGGAGCCGGAUGACCAGAUCCAACAUCCGUGCGUUGACAAAGGCUCUGAAGAAGUCGUCCCGGUAAUGUCGCUGGAUGUUCUGUUGCAGCUGCUGAUCCAUGACGUCUCCCUCAGCGAGGCUUCGCACGAUGCUGUGCGAACGGCUCGCAGUAAAGGACCCCCCAUCAGCGUGAAGUUGGAUGCGCAGGGCGCCGACUUGAGCAUCUUGGCCGUUCUGGAGUCCGCAGAGGAACUGUUGGAGUCGGUUUACGAGGUGCAGCUGGAAGUUUCAGCUCAAAUCUACCGUGGACAGCCCUCUAGGCGCGAUGUUUUGGUUGGAAUGUCUCGCCUUGGGUUUCAGCUGGACUGGAACAAGAAGGAAAUACAUGACGGAGGAGUGCAUAAGAUCCGCAGCGGAUGCCGCCUGGUCACGGAGCAUCCUCGGACUGAAGACUGCUUCUUCAUUCGUUCCUCGCACUGGGCACAUGGACGGAUCGUGGACCUUUUUCUUCGGCGGCCAAUUGAGACACUGCGCAUCAAUGAAGGAACACACAUGAGCAUUUCAUCGCAGUACAGCUACCACAUGAGGCAUCAUAUUGACAUGUGCUUGCUCGACGAUGGCGAUGGUGAGUUGGAAGACCAAGAUGAAGUCACUGGAGCUGGGGCACUUGCCUGUUUCUUCCGCAUUGCCGGCUGGCCACUGCGCCACGCGGCACUGUCAACUGCAACGCUUUGGGAAAUGAUCUGGCACAGCAAGCAAGGAGCCCGCUAUGAAACUAUUCUCAUAGCUUACGCGCAGGUAUUUGUAACAAUGUGGGAUCUGUUGAUGUCUGGUGGGCAAGAGAAUGCCUUUGCGUGGGACGAUCUUCACGAUGCCGGGGUGGCACACUUGAUGUUCAUGGUUCUGGUGGAGGCCAGCUGCCUUGCUUUCCCACACCUCUGCAGCUCCGAGUGCCGCGAUGAUGGUACUCGCAGUGAGGAUUCAACCGAACAGCCUGAUGCAGGAGGCACAUCGCCUUGCACAACGCUCAGUGACUGUUGGAUGAUCUUUCGCAGCGCCAACCCGAAAGCCGUGUUGAAGCACCCGGACGUUUACGUCCCAGUCCUCCGGAGGGCGCAGCGCCUCACGGCCCCAAGUUGCUUUCCCUCCACUUGGCAUUUGGAGCUCGACCGAAGUGCAGCCCUCGAUCCUGCAGCGCCCUUCCCGACGGUCGACACUGGCGGCCACAAUGUCACUGCCAUUGCUGUUGAUUCUUCUCGCUGCAGCUUGGAGAUCACGGUCAUAGCCUGGGACAUGGAUGCUGCUGGAAUGGUUGAGUUUCACAGAGCGAUCUGGGAGGAGGCAGAAAGGGGCAGGGAGAACAUCGAUGCUGCUGAUUUUCGAAUACCAACGGCAGGCACCUUGUGGGAUUUUGACUGCCGCUUCGAUAUGCCAUCUGGCACAGUGCAGACACACGGGGAUGUGGUGAGCUAUAGCUUCCUCAGCGAGCUUCCGGGAGCCGUGGAUGCCCCCGUACUAAGUGUGCGAUGUGAGGCUCCACAGGUCCCAAAGAUAGCAGAGGCGGAGCUCAUGGCGCCCCCAUCGUCGGUCCUUCUGACGCGAUCUGUGCGUGCACUCCCUGAGAUGCCAUCCCUUCGCCUCCGGGUUCCACUGAGGGAGGCCCGGCGGCCGCGCAUCCGCACAGCGCUCUGCAAUUCGCAGGUCUGGGGGGCUCAGUCCCUCCAGGAGCUGGCUCCGAACCUCAUGGAGUUCUGGCUGCUGUACUACAGCGAGCAUCUGGGGAUCGAUGAGAUCUAUCUGUAUGAUUUGGACGGAUCUUUUGGUAGUGUCCCGCUCGUUCAGGAACUUCGUGCCAGUGGGCGUGUAGUCUACGAGCCAUCCUUUUCCAGCAUACCGCCCUUCAAGGACUUGUUUGAGCUGGAAGGCUACAAGACCGCCACAACUCACCUGGUGCAAACCCUUGUGCAGCACCAUUGUUGGCAGCAGGCAAGGCAGAAUGCUGACUGGGUCAUCUCUCUCAACCAUGGCUGGGACAUGUUCCUUUUCUCUCCUGCGGGCCAAACGCUCGAGGACUUGCUUCAGGAUCUGGAACCGGACCAGGUCACGAGCGUUCUGGGAGUCCGUUACGGUGAUCUGGACGAGUUUGAUGCCAAGGUCAGGCCGAGUGGAAAUACGUUCAUCCGUUUUCCAUAUCACAAUGAUCCUGAGAUUCGGCCCGAGAAGCAUCGAAGUGCUGAAGAGAUCGUGGUCAUUGCAAAGCCUUCCUUGAUAGACGGCGUUGCGCUCAGCGCUGUCGUUGUCCGCCCAGAAGCUCCAUUGUUUUCGAACCUUCUGGAGCACCCAUUGCCUUGUCCAAAGGGGCAAUCGCGGGAGUUUGCUGGGCCAAUGAUGCACAAGGCCCAAUGGCUGGAUGCAGGGAAGUGGCGUGCGAAUCAUUACGUACAAGCCCUGGGCGGUCGCAAAGUGCUUUAUCGUGCGGAGGAGCCAAUGGUUGCGCUGCGCAACUUCUCCACAUUCGACGCUGCGGCAGUUCAGCUUGGCUCUGAACUUCAAGAGAGAUGGAAGCAUCGCUGGUGA